CGGCAAACUGCAAAAGCACCAACUACCCUUUAUUUUAUCCUCACAUUCUUCACAUUUCCAGACCAACACUCUCUCUAUCUCUCUCUUCCUCUCUGGUUUUCUUCCAUGGCUGCUUCUCUACAUUUUUUUCAUCUUCUUCUUUUGAUCUCUUUCUUUUUAUGCAAUCUUAACUUAUCUCAAGCUAAACCCUCUCACCCACCAAAUGGUCUAAUUUUUCAUGUGACCAAGGAUGUGUCAACCCUCCAGUAUAUGACCACAAUUCAUCAUGACACUCCACUUGUGCCCACCAAGCUUGUGGUUGAUCUUGGCGGUCCAUUCCUCUGGCUCAACUGUGGGUCAUCAUCAUCUUCUAGCCGUCUGAUUUCUCAGGGCUCAAUCCAAUGCUUAGCAGCAAAGCCAAAAACCCAUGAUCAGGGAAGCAAGAAUUACCUCUCUAGCAAUGACCACAACAAGAAGAACAAGAAGAACAAGUGUCAUGUCUUCCUAGAAAACAGCAUCACCCAGAUGGCAGCACAAGGGGAUUUAGUGCAAGACAUCAUGGCCGUCCAAGUCAUAGAUGGGUCAUCAAAGACAGAGUCAGGUUCAAUCACCACCCUUGAUUCCAAUUUCCUGUUUUCUUGUGCACCUAUGUUCCUUUUGAAUGGCUUAGCAAGUGGUGCCAGAGGAAUGUUAGGCCUUGGAAGGACUCAGAUUUCAAUGACCUCACAAAUCUCUACCAAACUCAGCUCCAAAUUGCAAUUCAUGCUCUGCCUAUCUUCAUCAAAUGGGGUCAUAUUACACAACAAUGGCCACUUCGGCUCUGAAAUUUCAAACUCACUCACAUACACAUACACACCCCUCCUCACCAACCAACAUGAGUAUUUUAUCAACUUGAAGUACAUUAAAAUCAGUGGCAAGAGAUUAUCUCUAAACAAAGAGGAUUUUAGAGAAGGGAUUAAGCUAAGCACAACUGUUCCUUACACUACCAUGGAGAGCUCAGUUUAUGUUACAUUUACCAGAGCUUAUGAGCAGGCAGCUAUGGCUAUGAACAUGACCAGAGUGGCUCCUGUAGCACCAUUUGGGCUCUGUUUUAGUUCAGAACAGGCUGAGGGAAGAGGGGUUGGUCCAAAAGUGCCUGCUAUUGAUCUGGUACUGCAGAGUGAGAUGGUGAAGUGGAGAAUUCAUGGUAGAAAUUCAGUGGUUCAGGUGACCAACCAAGUGAUGUGCUUGGGGUUUUUGGAUGGAGGUUCUGACUUGAAGACUUCCAUUGUAAUUGGGGGAUAUCAAUUAGAGGAUACUCUUCUGCAUUUUGAUUUGAGUGCUUCCGUGCUGGGAUUUAGCAGUCAGACAAGUUGUUCUGACUUGAGAUUGUUAGAUUUUGCGCUUAAAGAUUCUUUGUAAAUUAAUGUUUUUGUUUGAUUUUGGUAGAAACUAUAAUGUAAAUUUUGACUAUCCAGCUCACUAUUUUCCUUUGUGCAGCAAGCUUUUAUUAUUGUUAUGAUUAUUUUAAUUUCCCU